AUGUUGCCCACUUCCUGCCCACCUCCUGCCUACCUCCAGCCCACCUCCUGCCCACCUCCUGCCCACCUCCAGCCCACCUACUGCCCUACUCCUGCCUACCUCCAGCCCACCUCCUGCCCACUUCCACCUGCCCACUUCUUGCCCACUUCCUGCCCACCCCCAGCCCGCCUGCCCACCUCCAGCCCACUUCCUGCCUACCUCCUGCCCACCUCCUGUCCACUUCCUGCCCACCUGCCCACCUCCAGCCCACCUCCUGCCCACUUCCUGCCCACCUCCAGCCCACUUCCACCUGCCCACUUCCUGCCCACCUCCUGUCCACUUCCUGCCCACCCCCAGCCCGCCUGCCCACCUCCUGCCCACUUCCUGCCCACCUCCUGCCCACCCCCAGCCCGCCUGCCCACCUCCAGCCCACUUCCACCUGCCCACCUCUUGCCCACCUCCAGCCCACUUCCACCUGCCCACUUCCUGCCUACCUCCUGCCCACCUCCUGCCCACCUCCUGUCCACCUCCUGCCCACCCCCAGCCCGCCUGCCCACCUCCAGCCCACUUCCACCUGCCCACUUCCUGCCUACCUCCUGCCCACCUCCUGCCCACCUCCUGCCCACUUCCUGCCCACCUCCUGCCCACCUCCAGCCCGCCUGCCCACCUCCAGCCCACUUCCACCUGCCCACCUCUUGCCCACCUCCAGCCCACUUCCACCUGCCCACUUCCUGCCUACCUCCUGCCCACCUCCUGCCCACCUCCUGCCCACUUCCUGCCCACCUCCUGCCCACCCCCAGCCCGCCUGCCCACUCCAGCCCACCAGCCCAUUUCCUGCCCACCUCCUGCCCACUUCCAGCCCACCUCCUGCCCACCUACAGCCCACCUCCAGCCCAUUUCCUGCCCACCUCCAGCCCACCUACAGCCCACUUCCUGCCCACCUCCAGCCCACUUCCACCUGCCCACCUCCUGCCGACUUCCUGCCCACCUCCAGCCCACUUCCACCUGCCCACCUCCAGCCCACAUCCUGCCCACCCUGAGCCUAUUCUUGCCUCACUGAUCCACAUCACGUUGUAUCCUGUUAUAUCAUAUCAUAUCCGAUUACGUAACAUUAUAUAA